GCCAGCAUCAAUAAGACAAACAUCUUCAUUUCAUUAACAGCAAAAAAUCGCCCAGGACAAAGUCCAGUUCCACCACCGAAAGGCAUACUGUAAUUGCUUAAAUGUACUGUGAUUAAAUGUUCUUGGCUAAAAUAUAAGAGAACUGAUAGAUUUACCCAUCCCAUUCAUUUAAUGAGUCUACUCUAAACAUAAUUAAAUCUGGAUCAAACCCAACGAAAACCAUGGCAACGAAUUGAUGAGCGAGACGGCUGUGCACCUGAAUGGGGCAACUAACACAAAAGCCAGGAGCGGAAAAGUCUGGGAAGCGAAACCCCAAAUCCGGUUCAUGAUUUGGACGUUGUCCGAAACACAUCUCUCCCCAUUUCUCUAAAGCAACCAACAAAUGCCAGUGAGUCCACAUCGCAGCAGCCACCGGUUAGGGGGCCUGGGAGGUUCUCCUGGCACCUACACUAUAUUCUUUCAGAUGCCAGGUGAACCUCCUUUUUAUUCUCUCAGUUAUUUAACAGUCUAUAAAUUUAAUUUUAACUUUGUUUGUUUUUUAAUUUAAAUGUCUUCCACUCUGAACUUCACAAAGUAAAUAACUGCCAGCCAAAAUAACUAUGAAAGCCAGGUUUAAAUCCCUUUGCCCUCAGGCUGCAUUAUGAUCAAGGGUAUGUCUAGAUCAGGCGAUGUCCCGGUGAUCGCCCUGAGAUCAUCCCUGCGUGACCACAUGAUGCACAGGGGAUCCCAGGCAGGGAGGGAUGAUCCCUCCUUUUACAGCUUUAAUCCUGACUUUUCCCGUGGUCUUGGGAUUGUCCUAAGAGCAUGGGACGUGUGGGCAGCUGUCCUGGUUUCUUCACGGCUCCUCGCGAAUAAACGUGAGGAGCCAUGAACCAGGCACAGAGCUCUUCAGGUGCUCCAUUCCCAUAAGGAUGGAGGGGAAGCAAGAUUUUUUUAAAAACAAACACCAACAACUAACUUUUUCAAUGCAGCGUUUGUACACUCAUUUUUGAUUAAAAACACACAUACAAAAAACAUAACAAAAAUGGCAGGGUCUGUUGUUCAGAGCCUGUGUCGUGGCAUAAGAAGUGGUGGCAGCAGUGGGAUCCGAAGUAGACUCUGUUCAUUUAUAGUGACAGAAGUCAAAAAGGAUUUUAUUUGUGAACAGGACAGAGGGUGGUUACUGUAAAGCACCUCAGAGGUCCUUAGCUGUGAAGGUUACAUAUUACCUAAGUCAGAGGUUGCGCUGAUACAAUUCUCUGACAGGAUAUUUUUGUCUGUGGUGAGAUACAUAUUAUAAAAUAUCAAGUUUACCACUCCUGACCUCAAUUGAAAACUCCCAGUACCAUUUUAUUCAUUAAGAUUGAGUCUCUGUCUGAUAAAAAAAGGAUAUCUUAGCAUUGAAGAAAGAUGCCCUUUCAGACAGAUGUAAACGUUUAAAUUUGCCAACUGAAGGAAAGUCAGUUGAUGAAAUGAAAUGGGCUCUUAUAGAACAUUACAGAGUUCAUGCUGCAGUUGAAACUGAGGAAAAUCCUCUGAGGCAAGUGCCUGUAGAAAUGUCUACUCAAUACAUUCAGCUAGAAAAGGAGAAAUUAGAACAACGAAAAGCUGAUAGACAACUUGAAUUAGAAAAGAUUAAACAGCAGGAGGAACAACAAGAAAGGCUGAGGGGAAAAGAUCGUGAGGCAGAAAUAAGAUUAAGAGAAAAAGAUCGAGAGCUGGAGCUAGAACGAAUUGCUUUAGAAAAGAGAAAAUUUGAGCGGGAAGAUCAGAGGAGAAUUGAGGAAGGGACUAGACCUCCCAAAUUAUCUCCUAAAGACUUUACUCCUUAUAUUGAGGGGCAAGAUCCCCAAAUUUUCUUCAAUACCUUUGAAAAGGCAGCCAUGAUGUGGGAAGUAAAGCCACAAGAUUACAUGAAGUUUAUCCCUAACUUGAUCAAGGGAGACCUGGCUGAAAUUUAUAACAGUUUUCCUGUAGGGGAAGCUUUAGAUUUUGCCUCAUUUAAAACAGCAGUUUAUAAAAGAUUUCACUAUGGGCCUGAGUAUUUCCAGAAGAAAUUUAGAAGCCUUAAUGAUGUGUCAUCCAAAUCUUUUGUGGAGUCGGGACACAAGUUAGUAGAUCAUUUUGAGAAAUGGAUCACCUGCACUGAGGUGAAAACCAAACAAGAUUUAGUUGAUCUGAUGAUUAAAGAUCAAUUAAUUUUUCAAAUCCCUCAAGAUAUAAGAUUGCUGGUGAGAGAUAGAGACCCAAAAACUUAUCAAGAUGCAGCUUCCCUGGCUGAUCAAUUUUCCUUAAACCGGGGCUAUCAUAUGACCAGCAAGUCUACUAAAGAAAAUAAUAUUAAACCAGGGGAUAAACAUAAUGGGGAUAAAAAGUAAGCUGAGGUAAAUAAAAAUCAGUUGCCAACAGAAAAGGUGGGAAACACCACCAAACCUCUGUUUGGAAAAACAGACCUCACAUGUCAUCAUUGUGGGUUAGUGGGGCAUAUUAGACCACAAUGUCCCAGGCGGAGAUAAGAGAAAGAGAAAAGUACCUCAGUAAGGAGAGUGGAUAUAAAUAAAGAUGCUGAACAUCCCCAAAGUUCCCAGUGUUACACAUUAGUGUGGGGAGAAAUGAAAGAAUCAAAUCAAUCUUUGUGGGAAGAUGUUUUAAUAAAUGGAAGAAAGCAUAAAGCUAUUCUAGAUACUGGAGCUCGUGUAUCUCUGAUUAGAGCAGACCUUGUGAUGAGCGAGGAGAUUAUUCCUCACAGAAAAAUUAACAUCAAACCUGUGACAGGGCCCAUAAUUGAAAUUCCUGUAGCCGAGAUGGAAGUUACAUGGAGGCGAGUCACAGGGAAAUGUAUUUUGGGUGUUAAUUCCUGUCAGGAGGAACCUCUAAUCCUAGGUACUGAUAUCAUGGGGUUAGAAGGUAGAAAAGUUUUUAUUAUUACACGCUCACAAGCAGCAGUGGAGGGCUUGUCAGACAACUGUAGCGAAUCUGGAGAGGCUGAGUGAAUGGGAGAAUGUUAGAAGCAGUCAAAGAAAAGUUUAUUCUGGCCUCAGAUGCUUCAGAAGUCAGAGAUAGAGCAGAACUGUGGCAGACAGGGGACGAUGUGAUCCAUCCCGUGGCCUACUACAGCAGAAAGUUGACAGAGAGAGAGAGAGAAGCUGUUCUGCUGUCCAAGAGAAGUGUCUGGCCAUCGUUUGGGCUGUGGACAGGGUCGAACCGUGCUUGUCAAGAUGGUGGUUCAUCUGGCAAGCAGGUCAUCAGGCGCUGUUGUGGCUGCAACCCAUAGAAAGCCACAACCAACUUUUGCAGCAGUGGUCGUGGUGGAUCCGGAGCUUCAACGCAGAGAUCCAGCAUGUGGCAGGUCGGGAGAACAUCAUCGCGGAUGGACUGUCUCGCCAGGAAUUGUCCAGUUCACCAGUAAAGUGAGACUUUGUUGUGGACAUUGUGAUGCUCCUGGACUUUAAAAAUUGGAGCCAAAAAGUGGACUAAUAAAAAUGUGGUUCAUUUAACUUGUUGAUGUUUAAAAAGCUUUGUAUGUGUAUAUAUAUUGAUAUUGCUAUUAAUUGUAUAUAUAAAUGUUUAACCAUUUUAUUUCCCCAAACCCUA